GUGUUGUCCUUCUAACAGUUCCUCGUCUUGACUCUUGCUUUCACAUUCCUCUUCUUUUUCUCUGUUUACCUUUUCCAAGUGCUGCUUCCUGCCUUCUCUCUCACUUUGUUCUUUUCUUUUCACUUUUGCUACCCACUUUAGCUCUUUUCUUUUCUUUUCUUUUCUUUUCUUUUCUUUUUGUCCCUUCAUUUUAGUUAAUGAUAGCGGCAAGGCAAGUGAGACGGAGGCCUAAACCCGAUUGAACCUUACUACUGUUUCUUGAUUUGAAAAGGGUCUUGCAUUUAUUUUGGUAUCUGGGUUACUGUAGUUGAGAGGAAAGUUCCUUUAGUUUGGGGUUUCUUUUCUCUUUCCAGCAAGAGUUUUCAGGGUGUGUUUAGGGUUUUGGCCUUUUCUGGUGCUUGAGUUAUGGUGAGGAAACAUGGAUGGCAAUUACCAGCUCACACCUUUCAGGUUGUUGCAAUCACUGUCUUCUGCUUAUUGGUGAUUGCAUUUUAUGCUUUCCUUGCUCCUUUCCUUGGAGGCAAAAUCUGGGAGUAUGUGCUUAUCGGGACUUACACUCCAGUGGUGCUUCUUGUCUUUAUUCUAUAUGUUCGGAGUACUGCAAUUAACCCUGCAGAUCCCGGCAUUAUGUCUAAAUUCAAUUCCGAUGUUGUAGCAAAUAAACUCAAUGUGAAACACGGGAUGUCAUUGAAGGAUCUGCCUAGGAAAUUUGAUGAAACUGGAAGUGCAAUGCAUUCGUCUUUUUCUUCACCUUCCAGAAGUUCUAUAGCUCCAGCAAACUCUAGUAAGAAAGGGUCAGUGGGAGAAAUUGAGAGAGCAGAGACUGCAGGGCAACCUCCAUCCAGAAAAUCUUCUCGUAAUAUUGGUUUAAUCUUCUGUGCACUGUUUGUUCAUGAAGAUUGCCGCAAACAGGAAGGGAUAGCUGAGCAACAGAGCGAUGGUGAAGAUGCUUUGUUCUGUACAUUGUGCAAUGCUGAGGUACGCAAGUUUAGCAAACACUGUCGAAGUUGUGAUAAAUGUGUAGAUGGUUUUGAUCACCAUUGCCGGUGGCUCAACAAUUGCGUGGGGUACAAAAACUAUGUGACUUUUGUUUCUCUAAUGGCUAUUAGUCUUGUUUGGCUUGUACUUGAAGCUGGAGUUGGUAUUGCUGUCUUUGUACGUUGUUUUGUUAACAAGCAAAGCAUGAAGGUUGAAAUUGUCGAUACACUUGGAAAUGGUUUCUCUAUAGCUCCUUUUGCAACAGUUGUGGCUGUAUGUACUGUAGUUUCAAUCCUAGCAUGUUUACCUCUGGGUGAACUUUUCUUUUUCCACAUGAUAUUGAUCAGAAAGGGUAUUACCACCUAUGAGUAUGUUGUGGCCUUGAGAGCAAUGAGCGAGGCACCUGCUGGAGCAUCUGUGGACGAGGAAUUGCCGAACAUACUGUACUCUCCAUCAGGAUCUGCCACGACUGGCUUCAGUGGUGGAAGUUCUCUUGGCCUACAGUACAAGGGAGCAUGGUGUACCCCUCCUAGGGUAUUUGUGGAUCAUCAGGAAGAAGUUGUACCUCACCUGGACCCUGGGAUGGUUCCAUCAACUGUCGAUCCAGAUGCUGCUGGAGCUCAAGAAAGAGGUAACAAGGUACCCAAACGGCCGGUUCGAAUUAGUGCUUGGAAACUUGCAAAGUUAGAUUCCGCUGAGGCUAUGAGAGCAGCAGCAAAGGCCAGGGCAUCUUCCUCUGUUCUAAAGCCAGUUGAUAAUCACCGUUUACCAGAUACUGAAUAUAGCUCCAGUGGUAAUAUGAGUGUCAGAAGUAGUGUGAGCACUGAUAUGGGGACAAACAAAGAGAUCAAGAAUGAGCUGCGAUUAAAUGCACUAGGAAACUCUUUUGCUCCAGGUCAAGGAAGCCUGGAUGAGUACGAAAUUGGGACUCAAAGUAUUAGUAGCUUCAGCAGCCCAAGCCAUGUUCAUGAAUCAGUCACGCUUAGUCCUCUACCACAAACUCACAGUCUAGGUCGUUUCAAGGCAGCGACCUCAGCCCCUGGCCUUAUUCCUGAUCAUCCUGUAACCUCUAAGGCUCCUUUACCUACUGCCAACAACCUGUUAUCCCAUCCUACGUCAGGAUUUGAUGAAAAAAUCAUGCAGAAGGGAAGUAAUACUGAUCCAUUGCUUCUUUCAGCUCCAGCUACUUCUCUUCUUAGAGAUGUCAAAAGGACAUCUGUUGUUUGGGACCAAGAGGCUGGAAGGUAUGUAUCAGUUCCUGUAUCAGCUUCUGAAGCACGCAAUAGAACAGCUAUGCAAACAGUAUUGCCAAAAUCCAAUCCAGAAACAAGCAAUGAUGGUAGAAAGCAAGUAGUGCCACCACAACAGUUUUCAUCAUCCACAGCUAAAGCUCCUGCACAUCCAGCUGAGAAGCUGAUGUACACAGGGGACUCCAUUUUCUUUGGUGGUCCACUUUUGAGUGUCCCUGUUAGGGAUGGUUCGAGAAACGAGGGCAGCUUAGGUUUGAGAGAGGGCCAACAGCGGCUUGCUUUGAAUUUACCUCGUGAAUCUAGAUUCAAAAGAGAUUCAGUAUCAAACCAGCUUCCAGUGUUUGCCCCUGGGGUUUUUGAUAAUAACCCUUCAUCUGCCUCUGGUUUGAGGUAGGGUUGAUGCUUAAGAUUUCAACUUCUAACAAAAUCAUGUACAAGAUUUCUUCCGAUUAUCAGGUGAAUUGCCAAGCAAACAGCUUGGAGAAGAAACCUCUUAUGGGAGCUGCACAAUCCCAGGAACCUUGCAAUCUUGAAACUAUUGUAAAUGGAACCGUAUUGUGAGGUUCAAGUGGUUUCUUCUUUAGAGGAACUUUGCGAUUCCCCCCUCCACCCCUCUUUGUGGUCAAUGGUUUUCUUAGAAAGUACUUGUUUAACUCUGUGCAAUUGCCUCCAUUGAUGUCGGCAGAGUAAUCAUUCAGCUUUCUAUGAUGUCUGUUUCUUUUUCCACCAA